AAAGAUAAUUGGAAAUUGAUCGCUCCUUUAAAUUUUCGUUUUUUCCAAAUACUGACCGUACAUCCGUGUGAUGAAACGUGCACGAGUAGAAGGGACAGGGAAAUAAAAAAAAAUACGUGUGCUUAACGGUGCACAAGGACAAGGGUGUAUCGAGGAAUCCGUCGAUGGCCUUUGUCUCAACGAUUCCAUUGUCAACGUCGAAACGUCGAACGCAGGCGAUCUUUGAAGCGACCUAUUACCAAUCCGCACGCCCAUGGACCCAAAUUAUGGUACGCGUUCCGUAUCAAUGACGGGCACACGCUCUCCACCAACUUGUUGGCGGCCAACUAUCCGAUGAUUCGAGUGAUAACGAUCCGAUCGAGCAAAUAUCCAACAAGUUGGAACAACGCAAAGUUCGGACACGGAUAUCGUUUGUUAUCAUGUUGCACGAUGGAACUAUGCUGAAACAGCUGAGCUCGAUGCAAUUGAAGCUUUGCCUCGAAACCAAGGGGAGGCGAUCGCAAUAAUUGUCCACAAAGGAAUCCUCGAAAUGUUUCCACCUUCGCAAUAUUGACUUGAAAAGUGAUAAUUGUGCGUGUAUGUGUGUAUGUGAGUGGGUGAGUGUGCGUGUGCGUGCGUGUGUGUGUGUGUGUGUAUCGUUGCGCGCAUCUUCUCUUCUAUCCGUUCGUAAAUCGUGUUUCGUACAAUUUGUUUCUCUUGAUUAAGUUCGAGAGAGCAAAUGCCAUGCAUCCGGUCUUCUCGCGUCGAGCGAGAAUCGUUCCCGUGAAACGAGCUAUUAUUGUUCGAUCAACCGGGUGUUGUGCGGUAAGGGUGCGAGUGGAUUAACUGUGAAAGUGGUGUGUCCCGUGGGAACAUCGGUGGUGAAAGAGGAAUUGUUCUGAAACCGGAUCGAAGUCAUCCUCGCGGAGAAUACGCGGGAACAAUGUCGAAUUGAUAUCGUUCGAAUGAUACAGCAGGUUGGAAUCAUCGACGUGGAAAUAUCGGCUUGUGAAAGAAUAUUAUACUCGAGUCGACGAUUCUUAAACGGAUAUUUCACGGUUCGAUGGAAUCCUCCAUCAUGAAUACCUUACAGUACGACGAAAAUGAAGAGUUCAAAAAUACUUGGCCAUCCACGUUCAAUAAUACGUUCUCGCCCUAUGAGAACGAGUCAACCAACGAUACUUUUGAUGGGGAAGUUCCGACAGCUGUACUCGUGCUCCUCAGCAUACUUUACGGAACCAUAUCUUUUUUGGCAGUAGUAGGAAAUUCUCUUGUUAUAUGGAUAAUAUCUACAUCCAGGCGCAUGCAGAAUGUAACUAAUUUUUUUAUUGCAAAUCUAGCGUUGGCAGAUAUCGUUAUUGGUUUAUUUGCAAUUCCUUUUCAGUUCCAAGCAGCCCUGUUGCAAAAAUGGAUCCUACCUCAUUUCAUGUGCGCGUUUUGUCCCUUCGUGCAAGUGCUUUCUGUCAAUGUCUCCGUUUUCACAUUGACAGCUAUAGCGAUCGAUCGACAUCGAGCGAUUUUAAGACCUCUCAGUGCGAGACCAAGUAAAUUGACCGCCAAAAUUAUAAUUGCUGGAAUAUGGCUUCUUGCCGGAAGUUUGGCUACACCAAUGGCUAUUGCACGUAGAGUCAUUAUGGAACCAGAAAAUCCAAUAUCUGGUUCUGAUAAUUACAAACCGUUUUGCAAACAUGUGAAUCUGUCAGAUAAAUCAAUGCUUAUUUAUUCGGGAUUAUUGGUGUUUUUACAAUAUCUAACGCCUCUUUCGAUUAUUUCAUGUGUGUAUGCGCGAAUGGCAUUAAAAUUAUGGGGAAACAAAGCCCCCGGAAAUGCCGAAGAUUCUCGAGAUGCGAAUUUAAUGAGAAAUAAAAUGAAGGUAAUUAAAAUGUUAAUUAUAGUUGUAGCUCUUUUUGCAAUUUGCUGGUUACCGCUUCAAAUGUAUAACGUAUUCCAAUAUUUUUAUUCAGAAAUUAACGAAUACAAAUAUAUCCAUUAUAUAUUCUUUUUUUUCGACUGGUUGGCCAUGUCAAAUAGUUGUUACAAUCCAUUUAUUUACGGAAUAUAUAACGAAAAAUUUAGAAGGGAGUUUCAACAAAGAUGUCCUUUUAAAUUGCGAAGGUGGACAAAUAAACCACCAAUCGAUAUCAUAGAUAUGGAAAAAACACAAAGUACUCGAACCUCCAUAAGAUAUGAAUGGAAACGUACAAUUUCUGGUACUUGUCCAAAUAUUUCGUCUUUUCAUAAAAGUACAUCAAGAGAAUCGACACAAUCGUUUAUCGAUAACCAGAAAAGUGGACGAAUUAGAAAAGGAAUUGGUUAUUAUAUUCAUCGUGGUAAUCAUUGUUCAAAAAGAAACGAAGAAUUGUAUGUUUUUUCAUCUGGAAGACAUAAACACUCUCAAGAUCUUAAUACAAAAGAAUUAUGCCUAUAAUAUAUAGAACUAAUUAAAUAAUUGAUUAAUAUAAAUAGUAUUAGAGAUAAAAAAACUACACUGUUAAGAGUGAAAAAUAUUUUAUGCAAAUAAUUUGCAUAUAUUAUAUGCAAAUGAUAAACAAUAGGAUAGUAAUAGGAUAAUAGUUUUCCUAUAAAUUGGUAUGGGAUAAUUUUUCCACAAAUUUUACAGUAACUUUUGGAUACUUAAACAUCUAAUUAA